GAAGAUCAAGCUCUGCAGAUUUCGCCGUUCAUACAAAAAUUCUGCCAACGGAAGCUUUAUUCGGUGUUUCCGUGAGAUGAGAAACGCAAUUCGAAGUUGAUGGGGAGAUUGAGAUUAGCGUUUUUGGCGAUCUCUCUCGUUGUUUUCGUUUGUGUUUCCGAGGAGAUUUUCUCUCGAGACGGUGCGAAUCUCUUUCGAUUCUCCGUAUAUCGAAACUCUAUCGACUAUAGCGGCGAUGUGGCAGAGCAAACAUGGAUUCAUCAAAAUCCGAGAAGGAAGCUGAUCAGUUAUCCAAAAAGGUUUAGUGUAUCUGCUCCAAAUUUAGCUUCCGGUCCUGCACCGGGUUUCGCGCCAGGACCUGGGCCAAGUUUUGCGCCAGGUCCUGCACCGAAUCCUCGUAGUUAUGAUCUGGUAGCACCUGCAAGUGCUCCAAAUGAACCUCCAGCUGAGACACCGGAUGAAUCGAGUCCCGGUCCAAGUGAGGAGAAACCGAGUGUUGUUGCUCCUAGUCAAAGUGUUCCAGGUCCUCCUCCUCCACCACGGGAGAAGAAGGAUGAUGUCUUGAUGAAACUUAUCAUUGCGGUUGCUUCAACCGCUGUUUUAACGUUUGUUCUUGUUGCAUUGAUGUUCUUGUGUUGCUUUAGACGCAAUGGCAACAACGCGGUUGGGCCUAGAGAUGGACCAAGAGAUGAAGGACCACUUCUACGUUUAUCAACUGGAUCUACUGAGAACUCGCCCACUGUCGCAAGCGCGAGCCGGAAAAUGUUUGGUGCUGCUAGUUCGAAAAAGAGGUCAUUUCUUUCUAGAGUAUCUUUUAGGAGAAAUGGAAAUGAUUUUUCAACGGCUGAAUCGUCAUCGGCUGCACUUCCUCCAUUGAAGCUUCCCCCGGGAAGAUCAGCAGCUCCUCCUCCUCCUGCUCCUGCUCCUGCCCCACCACCACAGCCACCGCCUCCUCCUCCUCCUAAACCACAGCCUCCUCCACCACCUAAAAUUGCUCGUCCUCCACCUGCACCACCUAAAGGUGUGGCUCCAAAACGUCAGGGACAUACUUCCUCUGGAGAUGCAUCUGAUGUUGAUUCUGAGACUGGAGCUCCAAAAACAAAAUUAAAGCCGUUCUUUUGGGAUAAAAUGGCUAACCCUGAUCAGAAAAUGGUUUGGCAUGAGAUUAGCGCCGGUUCAUUCCAGUUCAACGAAGAGGCGAUGGAGACGCUUUUCGGUUACAAUGAUGGGAACAAAAACAAGAAUGGUCAGAGGAGUACCGAUUCAUCGUCACGCGAAUCUCCUGUCCAAUAUAUACAGAUAAUUGACACUAGGAAAGCUCAAAACUUAUCUAUUCUUCUUCGAGCUUUGAAUGUAACAACAGAGGAAGUCGUCGAUGCAAUCAAAGAAGGUAAUGAGCUCCCAGUGGAGCUUCUACAAACAUUGCUGAAGAUGGCUCCAACUUCAGAAGAAGAACUCAAACUUAGACUAUACUCGGGCGAUCUUCACUUACUUGGCCCCGCGGAGCGAUUCUUGAAAAUUCUAGUCGAUAUACCUUUUGCAUUUAAACGUAUAGAGUCACUUCUAUUCAUGAUCUCACUUCAAGAAGAAGUCUCUGGCCUCAAAGAAGCUCUCGCAACUCUCGAGGUGGCUUGCAAGAAACUUAGAAACAGCAGACUGUUCUUAAAACUACUAGAGGCAGUUCUCAAGACAGGAAACCGAAUGAAUGUUGGAACUUUCCGCGGUGAUGCGCAGGCUUUCAAACUCGAUACUCUUUUAAAACUCUCUGACGUCAAAGGAACUGAUGGCAAAACUACACUUUUACAUUUCGUUGUUCUCGAGAUCAUUCGUUCUGAAGGCGUUCGUGCUCUUCGCCUUCAGAGAUCAAGCCGAAGCUUCUCAAGUGUUAAAACAGAUGAUUCAAUCGCAGAUUCUAGUCCACAAUCAGUUGAGCGUUAUCGAAGCACGGGUCUUCAGGUGGUUACGGGAUUAACAACAGAGCUUGAAGAUGUCAAGAGAGCAGCGAUCAUAGAUGCUGAUGGAUUGGCUGCAACAUUGGCCAAUCUAAGUGGUUCGCUUACAAAUGCGCGGGAGUUUUUGAAAACGAUGGACGAAGAGAGUGAUUUCGAACGAGCAUUAGCUGGAUUUAUAGAACGUGCAGAUGCUGACAUCAAAUGGUUGAAGGAAGAAGAAGAGAGAAUCAUGGCGUUAGUGAAAAGCUCUGCUGAUUAUUUCCACGGGAAAUCUGCGAAAAACGAAGGUUUACGUUUGUUCGCUAUAGUGCGCGAUUUCUUGAUAAUGUUGGAGAAAGUUUGCAGAGAAGUUAAGGAAACAACAAAGACGAAGAACCAUUCGGGUAAGAAGGAAACUGAUACGAUGUCUUCAGACAGUAAUCAACCGUCUCCGGACAUUCGACAACGUUUGUUUCCAGCAAUUGCUGAACGGAGAAUCGACAGUUCAGAUGAUUCAGACGAUGAGGAAGAUAGUUCACCUUCUUAGUCUUUUGAUUUCACUAACGUUAUUACUUAUUAGUGAGUUUGUAGCUAAUUUGAAUACCAAAGUUGUUCGAUAUUACUCUUUUCUUGAAAAUCUUUUAUAUAUAUCGUAAAUUUGUAUAACUAUUUCCCUAUUUGUGAACUAAAAGAUAGAUGAUACG